AAGAGAUGCCACCGGGGUUUCGUUUACAGUCUCAUUUGGGGCCAUUAACUCCCACUCCAAAAGAAGGGAUGGAUCCCCCAGGUCAAGAGAUUGGUACCCAACCCUUACCACCUCAUAAUGUGCAACCUGAGCAUGAGGUGACUGCAUCUAGCAGUGUUGUAUCAUAUGACAGACGUGGUCGUGGUCCAACAUGCGGCAUACAAACCCAACGCAUUUUCGAGAAAGAUGGAAAGAUGUUGGUUCAUGUACCUGAACAGUUCUGUGCACCAGUAGGAGAUCAAGCCUUUAAGUUGGCCUCCAAAAUUGGCAUAGAGGUUCGAACGCAAUUACCAGACUUGAGCGUUCGUAGAUGGAAGAAGGUUCACGAUGCUGAUAAGAAGCCAAUGAUCCAACACUUGGAGGAUCAGUUUGAUCUACAAGGCAAUCCGAGUGAUGUAGCAAGGACUUUAAACACACAGUUUGGUUGGCGAUUGAGUAGCUUCACCUAUAGGUUGCACAAACAAUACAAGCAACUUAAGGAUGCAAGAGGGGAUGAGUACGCAAGAAGCCACCCAUCUGCAAGUGUUACUCUUAAUCAAUGGGCAUCUCUAAUUGACAAGAAGUGGAAUAGUAAAGAAUUCAUGGUAUAAUGUUUUAUGUUAAUAGUCAAAAAUUAAUUUUCUUCUUACUAAUGUUAAGUUUUGUUAUUUUUAUUAGUGUUUCAAUCGUGUAGGAACAAUCACUAACUAAUGUGAGUAAUAGGAUGCAAAUGAAAACAAAACAUAGAUGUGGAUCAAAAUCAAUCCCGGUCAGAGUGCAUAGUUCAGUGUGUUCUGCUAUUUUAUUUUAACGGAUUAGUAGGCUUUGUUAUUUAAAUAUUUGAAAUAACAUUCAAAAACAAAUGAAUCAGAUAACUGCAAAUGGAGAAGUGCCUGAUUUGGCAAAAUUUUACAAGUCCAUCCACUAUAAUUCGAACACGCAUGAAUGGAUUUCGUCAGAGAGCC